GCAUACGCUCCUUGGCGGCAUUUCGCGUCAACUGUGGUUUUGGAUUUUCUUCUCUCUCUUUCUUUCGCUUCCGUUGUUUUUUCUACCAACAAAAGGAUCGAAAGCUCUGCAUUCGGGAGCGUUUUCUCGUUCUCUUGCACCCUCACUUUCAGUUUCAGCUGCUUCUUUUCUUUCAUCAUUUUUUUCUGCUUCAUUGUUCAAGGGCUGAAAAUAGUUCGCGCUAGAUUUUUAGGUCAGUGCGUUUCCGAAAUCCCGCGCUUCGUUUUAGAUCCGCUAGCUCCUUUGUUCACAUUUCGAGUCCUGCAUUUAUCGGAAUUCUUUUGGCUUUUGAGUCCUAUUAUGGCAACUGAUGCUCUUGUGAUUUCCAAUGGCAAUGGCAAUGGCAAUGCCAAGUCAGAGCUGCAUCCGCAGAGGACUUACCAAGUAGUAGUGGUUGCAACCAGAGAUAUGGGCAUUUCUAAGGAUGCAAAACUGCCCUGGACAUUACCCACUGAACUCAAAUUUUUUGAGGAGAUCACUACAACAACAUCUGAUCCGGGGAAGAAGAAUGCCGUUGUGAUGGGUAGGAAAACAUGGGAGAGCAUCCCUCCUGAGAACAGGCCACUUCCUGGUCGCCUUAAUGUUGUUCUGACUCGCUCGGGUAGCUUUGAUAUUGCAACAGCAGAGAAUGUUCUUAUAUGUGGAAGUAUGGCUUCUGCUAUGGAGCUGUUGGCUUCUUCUCCUUACUGCCUAUCAAUUGAGAAAGUAUUUCUCACAGGAGGUGGAGAGAUAUUUAGAGAGGCUCUUAAUGCACCUGGAUGUGAAGCUGCCCAUAUUACAGAAAUUGAGGCAAGCAUUGAGUGUGACACUUUUAUGCCUCGAGUUGAUACCAAUGUAUUUCAGACAUGGUAUUCAUCUUUCCCUUUGGUGGAAGACAACCUCCGCUAUUCUUUCACCACUUAUGCGCGUGUAAGGAGUUCUCCACCAGAGUCCCUGGAUCAGAAUGCUGAUCCAUUUUUUUAUAAUAAUUCAGACUCUUUCAAAUUUGAGGUCAAGAAAUUUUCUUUUCUUCCCAAAAUGGUUUAUGAGAGACAUGAGGAGUUUAAGUAUCUUAGGUUGGUUCAAGAAAUCAUUUCUGAAGGCACAACUAAGGAUGAUAGGACAGGGACUGGUACCUUGUCGAAAUUUGGCUGCCAGAUGAGGUUUAAUCUGCGCAGAAACUUUCCUCUUCUAACAACAAAGAAAGUAUUUUGGCGAGGGGUAGUUGAAGAGCUUCUUUGGUUUAUCAGUGGCUCAACAAGUGCCAAGGCGCUGCAGGAAAAAGGCAUUCAUAUAUGGGAUGGCAAUGCAUCCAGGGAGUACCUUGAUAGCAUUGGUUUGACAGAAAGGGAGAAGGGUGACUUAGGACCUGUUUAUGGGUUUCAGUGGAGGCACUUUGGAGCCAAGUAUACUGACAUGCAUGCUGACUACUCUGGCCAAGGAUUUGAUCAGCUUUUAGAUGUUAUUAACAAGAUAAAGCAUAAUCCCAAUGAUCGAAGGAUCAUUCUCUCAGCGUGGAAUCCAUCUGAUCUUAAAUUGAUGGCACUUCCACCCUGCCACAUGUUUGCACAGUUCUAUGUAGCUAAUGGGGAGCUAUCAUGUCAAAUGUAUCAGCGAUCUGCCGACAUGGGCCUGGGUGUCCCAUUUAAUAUUGCAUCUUAUGCACUCCUGACAUGCAUGAUCGCUCAUGUUUGUGACCUUGUUCCAGGUGAUUUUAUCCAUGUUAUUGGGGAUGCACAUGUUUACCGCAAUCAUGUGAGACCCUUGCAGGAACAGCUCCAGAACCAACCAAAACCUUUUCCAAUUUUGAAGAUAAACCCAAAGAAGAAAGAUAUAGAUUCUUUUGUGGCAGCUGAUUUCAAGCUCAUAGGAUAUGAUCCUCACCAGAAGAUAGAAAUGAAGAUGGCUGUUUAGGGAUCUUGUGAGAUUCUCAAUCCCUGCUUCAGGCCGUUAUGCUUUCUGAUGUGAGGCGCAAUCAUAGGACGUAUAUGAUAAAUUUAUGGACAAAUAAAAGAAUACUUGCUGGACAUACUUCAAGCUUUGCAUAUGUUACUAUAGUAUUGGGAAUCCUUUAGGUCCACAUCACAUGUAUCGUGGCUCUAAGGUGAUUUAGGUUAAUUUCAUUUUCAUUUAUUUUCGAUGUAGACGUUCUGGUAUAUUAUUGAGGGAUCAGCGACUUGACGCUUUAAGAUUAGAGAUGUCUUAUUUUGUGUUUGGCAAUUUUAAUUUGAGAGAAAGGAGGGACAGCCUAGAUUCACUAUUCGAAUGUUGCAUUGCUACAUCCUUUUUUCUGGCUAUGUUUCAUCGUUUUACAAACUGUUCGUUGUUUCUUAUUUUUUGGUGCUUCUGUACAUAUUGUCCUUUGCCAA